CAACAAUCCCAUCGAUGAUCCGAUUGAUAAUGCAUACUAUGUAGGUAGGGAGAAGGCGUGAACAACUUAAUGCUGGCUCAAGGAGGUUUAUUAGCCUUCCAACGCUACCUAGGUAUUUUCGAUGAGUUGGUUGUGAUGCGCUAAUAAAGACACGCGCAUCCAUGUUCCUAUGUCCUCGUAAUUGUGUGACAGGUCAUAAAUUGCGGAUCGGCGGCAAUUUGAGACUGGAGAGGAAGUUAAAGAAGACAAACCGAACUGAUUAAUCUGUAUUUCUGACAUCCCACUUAAACCAACAUCAUGGGCAAUGUAUUCAGCCAGUUCUACUUCAUCCCAGCCGCGCGUCUCACGGAAGAUAAUUGUCCCGACCAGAAAGGCCGAGUCUUCAUUGUGACGGGUGGCUAUUCUGGAGUAGGGUACGAACUAUGCAGGAUUCUCUAUCUUCACAAUGCGACUGUUUGGAUAGCAGGCCGCUCCGUACCCAAAGCCCAGGAGGCAAUAUCGCGUAUCAAGGAGGCAGCGCCUAGAAGUGAAGGUCGCCUCGAGCUUUUACAUCUCGAUCUCUCCGACCUCUCCACCAUCAAGCCCGCAGUCGAUUCUUUCACUGCUCAGCAACAGCGCCUCGAUGUUCUCGUGAACAAUGCUGGUGUCAUGUAUCCUCCUGAAGGUAGCACGGAUGCACAGGGGAACGAGCUACAGGUAGGCACCAAUUGUCUAGGGCCCUACCUUCUCUACCAACUACUCCUCCCUCUUCUUACAAAAACUGCCUCCUCUUCGCCGACGGCUAGUGUGCGUGUCCUGUGGGCUGCUUCUAUCGCUUUACACGUGGCCCUACCAACACCGCAGGGGAUCAUCAUCGAUGAUGAUGGUCGACCCACCGAUCAAGGUGUUAGCAAUAACUACAGUCAGACAAAGGCGGGCAACGUCUUUAUGGCGCGAGAGUUCUCCAAGGCGACGCCUCAUACGGGCGUGGUGCAUGCGGCUUUCAACCCAGGUAAUCUACGUACGGGGCUGCAGCGACAUUGGGCUGGCUUCGGUCGUUGGGUUACGGAAACGUUCUUAGUCUAUCCGCCGGUCUAUGGCGCUUAUACGGAGCUGUGGGCGGCUCUUACCCCUGAACUAACGCCUGAGAAGAGCGGCGCAUAUAUCUAUCCUUGGGGUAGGUUCGGGAGUCUCCCUGCAGAAGUCGAAAGUUCAAUGAAGAGCAAAUCCGAGGGUGGGACAGGUAUUGCAGCAAAAUUCGUGGAAUGGUGCGAUAAACAGACGAAUGCUUUCGCAUAGAUUCGGCGGGAUGGGCUCUGGACAUUCAUAACGUAUAUUUGCGCGUGCCCUGAUACACUGGCGGAUAUUAAUUACAACUCGCGUGUACGGUAGACUUCACGGCUUUACAAAGAAUUCAGUGCAACAGGAAGAGCUUUCCUGAGAUAUAUCACACGUACAAAAGUCCACGUAAUUAGGUACCUCGUAG